AUGGAUGAUCCAAAUGCUGAUGCAGAAUGGAACGAUAUUCUUUGUGCUCGAGAAAUUCUUCCUCCAAAAGAGGGUCCGGCAGAAAUAGAAAUGCUAGAAGCCAUGGACCAAGCUGCCAUGGAAAAACAAGAUAAGCAUUUGGAUAAUAAACAUUGGAUGAAUUGGAAGAUGAAGAGAAUGAAC